UGAAGCCAAUCCUAUCCAGAAGACGGCCAGUUACCUAGUCAUGUGUUUGAUCUAGUUUGUUUCAAUGAACGGUUUCGCCUCGAACCUCCAAAUGGGCCCCGCGGCUUUAGCCGACGGAUUAGAGCACAGCUUGCGUUACUGAUAACUCUCUACGCAAGGACGUAAUGCGUCUCUUACAAGUGCAUGUGUAUAAAAAGGAUGCGGGGACGAGUUAUUGAGCUCCCGCGGGCAACAUGCGUGCUCGGCAGGCGCUUCGCUUCAAGUGCGAAGAGGACAUACUACGACGUACUCGAGGUUAGUGCGAGCGCCAAGCAGAACGAAAUCAAGGCGGCAUACUACAGGCUUUCCAUGAGAUACCACCCGGAUAAAAACAAAGGAGAUCGCUCGUCUAACGAGCGCUUCCAGGAAAUCUCCACUGCGUACGACACGCUCUCAAACGAGUCUCUGCGGGCGCAGUACGACGAGAAGAUUGGCUCCCCCCGCAUGGCGACCACUCGUCACGUAAGGAAACCGACGACGACUAGACGCGCAGCGCCAAUGGAAGGCCGAUCGCAGAUAUACAACUUCGACGAAUUCUACAGGCAGCACUACGGGGACGCCGUCAAGUCGUACCAGUUCCGCAAGAAGAAGUAUGAAGACUUUCUGCGAGAGGAAGAGACGCAUAUUAGGCGAGAGAAAGAUGUCGGUGUAUCUAUGGCACUGAUUGCAGUUCUCGCCCUUGCAAUGUAUGCUUUCCACACGUGGGAGAAGUCACACGACAAGCCUACGCCACCCGAGAAGCGAGAACGAAAAACGUAGAUGGUAUAAAC